CUCGAUCGGUUGUUCCGCGGUUACAAUGAUUCCUAUAUUAAUUCUCGUUAUCAUCGGUGUCAUCUUUAUCUAUCUAAGAGGCCAAUACAAUGAAAACUACUGGAGAAAACGUGGCGUAGCUUUCUACGAGAAGAACAAAGUCCUCGGCAUUUUCUGGGACUUUCUCACCACCGACAAGGCCUUGUUUGAGGUCCUCAGCGACCUUUACACCAAGUACGAAAACGAGCCAGCUGUUGGAAUCGGAUCUCUCAUGACUCCGAGUCUCUUCGUGAUCGACCCGCAAAACGUCCAGCAUAUAACGCAGACCGACUUCCAAUCCUUCAGCCAUAGAGGAGUAACUAUAAACAAAGGCGAUCUGUUAGCUGAUAACCUGCUCUUUAUGAACGGUCCAAGAUGGAAGUUAAUGCGACACAAAAUGACACCGGUCUUCACUGCGACUAAACUCAAAAACAUGUAUUAUAUUAUGGAUAAAAGUGCGCAGGAUUUCGUGGCACAUCUAAAGGAGAAUCCGGAGAAAUUGAAAGGUAACGGGUUUGAUACGAUGAACGAGUUCUGCAGCGCAGCCAUUGCAGCCGCGGUUUUCGGGAUCGGUACGGAAUCCACAUUCAAGUCACCAUUCUUAAAGAUGGCGAGAGAUUCGGUGAGGCUCAACUGGCGAACUAACCUUAGGUUCGCGAUCGUCAAUACCAGCGAAACGUUAUGCAGAAUUAUAGGUUUAAAGCUGUUUAAAGAGCAUGAACCAUUAUUCAUUGGCGCAAUAAAACAAGUGUUAAGAGCUAGGGAAAAGGAGAACGUUAAGAAACAUGACUUCGCUGAUGUAUGCGUAAGCCUGCAGAAGGCAGGAACUAUGAAAGAUAAUGAAACGGGUCAGGAACUUGAACCCUCAGACGAGCUCCUCGCCGCCCAAGGAUUCUUCUUCUUUAUUGCUGGCGUCGAGCCAACCGCCAGUGCCCUGUUUGGAGCGCUCUCUGAGCUGGGCAAAAAUCCGGAAAUCCUCGAAAAAUUGCAUAAAGAAAUCGACCAAACUUUCGAGAAACACAAUGGAAUCAUCACAUACGACGUUAUAUCCGAGAUGAAAUACCUUGAUCAAGUCUUAAGCGAAGCGUUAAGAAUGCAUGCGCCUAUAGGUUUCCUAGGCAGACAGUGUGUUAGCGAUUCAGUGCUUCCUGUUGGGAACAUACAAGUGUCCGCAGGCACGAAGAUAUACAUACCAGUUUUCGACAUGCAUUACAACCCAAAAUUCUUCCCUGAGCCUCAGAAGUUUGAUCCGGAGAGGUUUUCUGCGGAGAAGAGGACGGGAAGUGAGGUGGCUUACUUGCCGUUCGGGAAGGGAGCGCGGAUUUGCAUCGGGAUGCGAUACGCCCGGCUGCAGGUGCUGGCGGGGCUGACGCACCUGCUGCGGCACUACCGCGUGCUGUCCCACCGCGACCCCGCCAAGAGGAAGUACGCUAAGGGACAGUUCCAGUUAAGACAGAUCGAUACCGACAUAGAGCUGAUACCUCGAGACAGAUAGGCACAUCAAGGAUAAUAACGGACGGUUCAUUUUUGAAGUGAAUGC